AUGCAAGAUUAUUCCGACUUUAAAAAUCUGUUGUUUCAGUUGCAAGAUGUAGAUAAUGAAACAAGACAGCAGGCAGAGGUUAAUUAUUUGUCUCAUUCUAAUUUACCGUUUCAGACAGCCUACGAUUCUAUCAAUCCCUCCCUUCGACUAGAGCUUCUCUUCCAGGGAAUGGCUGACAAGGAUUUGCCGUUAGAGGUACUUUGUCAUUAUGAUCACUUUUGUGAAGGCAAGGCAAUUAUCAGCCGUUUUGUGCCGCCAAUUAUUGAUGACUGA